UGGCGCGUUGGCCGCUUCAAGCGUUGACGGCGAACUUCCAAAGGCCCCAGUCCGCUGUGAAACCGUAUCGACCGUAUCGGCGCUGAGCAUCCCCGAACGACAAGGCAGCUAGCUUCCAACUUGUUGCAAACUCGCAAGAUCUACAUAGUGCACCGCCAUAGUUUCAAGGCCCCUCAAGCCGUUUACCGAGUCGCAAUAUGAACUUUUUUGGGAGCAAAUUCGGAAAGAGCAAAGGAAAGAAAGACGGGAUACAGAAGCCAUUAUGGCUGAACCAUCCUUUCGUGGAGGCAACAUUGGUGAACGGGAGCUUGCGGAAAGUGGUUGCAUUACCGCGUUACGUGGACGUGAACGAAUGGCUAGCAGUGAAUAGCUUCGAUUUCUUCAACUACACCAAUUUAUUUUAUGGGGCGAUCGCAGAGUUCUGCACACCAAAAGACUGUCCAGUGAUGUGCGCGGGGCAAAAUUGUGAGUAUACAUGGACGGACGGCCAGAAACGGACGAUAAAAAUACCAGCACCACAGUACGUGGACUACGUGAUGACGUGGAUCCAAAACGUCCUGAACGACGAGAACGUGUUUCCAACAAAGUCGGGCUACGAGUUCCCCCGCGAGUUCCAAAACGCCGUGCGAACAAUCUUCAAACAACUGUUCCGGAUAUUCGCGCACAUAUACCACCACCACUACGACAAGAUACUGCACGUCUCAGCCGAGGGGCACCUGAAUACCCUCUUUGCGCACUUCAUAAGCUUUGCGAGGGAGUUUGAUCUGAUUGACAAGAAGGAGAUUGCGCCGAUGGCCGAUUUCAUUGCCGAGCUGGAUCAGGCGCAGAGGAUCUAGGUCUUUGCUUAAAGCCAGUCCUUCACGCCCCCGAGCCGGAUAUUCCCGGAAACCGACUUCCACAUAAUAGUUUUGUGUUUGUG